UGGGUUCCUCAAAGGCAGGCGUCGUAGUUGUGAUAUUCCCAGGGCCCAGGACAGUGCCUGCCUGGCAGAUCCUCACACACAUUGGUAGGAUGAAUGAAAGGUGAGCAGCGAAGGCGAUGCCUGGAGGAGUCCACGGUGAAGCUGGAGGAGGCGGACUCUGUGGAGCCUACGGGAAAGAAUUUGAAAGUAUAUGCGUGAUGGAGAGAGGGUUGGAAAAGGGGACGUCUCAACGGCUGCAACUGGGACGGAAGAACGGGAACAGGGAAGGCCCGAGUAGUGAUCACAGGGUUUACGGGAGGAAAGAAAAGUGAGGCGAACCGAGAGUGGAAAUGGAGAGAUUUCCUCUACCUGUAGAUUUCUUUUGCCUUAUUGGCCACCUCAAGUCUGAGCAAUCGUCCAGCAUGCUCUGCCCACCCCCCGCCGAGGCGCACUGACCAUGAGCAUCAACUCCUCCCUCGGCCACAGGAAGGAGCUCAGUAACCUCACUGCGGAGGAGGGCGGUGCAGGGGGCGUCAUCGUCACCGAGUUCGUCGCCAUCAUCAUCAUCACCAUUUUUGUCUGCCUGGGCAACCUGGUUGUCGUGGUCACCUUGUACAAGAAGUCCUACCUCCUCACCCUCAGCAACAAAUUCGUCUUCAGCCUGACGCUGUCCAACUUCCUGCUGUCUGUGCUGGUGCUGCCAUUCGUGGUGACUAGCUCCAUUUGGAGGGAAUGGAUCUUUGGUGUGGUCUGGUGCAACUUCUCCGCCCUCCUCUACCUGCUCAUCAGCUCGGCCAGCAUGCUCACUCUGGGGGUCAUUGCUAUCGACCGCUACUAUGCCGUCCUGUACCCCAUGAUGUACCCCAUGAAGAUCACAGGGAACCGGGCCGUGAUGGCCCUGGUCUACAUCUGGCUUCACUCCCUCGUUGGCUGCCUGCCACCCUUAUUUGGUUGGUCCUCGGUGGAGUUUGACAAGUUCAAGUGGAUGUGUGUGGCUGCCUGGCACCGGGAGCCUGGCUACACGGCCUUCUGGCAGAUCUGGUGUGCCCUGUUCCCCUUUCUGGUCAUGCUGGUGUGCUAUGGCUUCAUCUUCCGCGUGGCCAGGGUCAAGGCACGCAAGGUGCACUGUGGCAGUGUGGUCAUCGUGGAGGAGGAUGCCCAGAGGAACGGGAGGAAAAAUUCGAGCACCUCCACCUCCUCCUCGGGCAGCAGGAGGAACGCCUUCCAGGGCGUGGUCUACUCGGCCAAUCAGUGCAAAGCCCUCAUCACCAUCCUGGUGGUCAUCGGUGCCUUCAUGGUCACCUGGGGCCCCUACAUGGUUGUCAUCACCUCCGAGGCCCUCUGGGGGAAGAACUAUGUCUCCCCGACCCUGGAGACGUGGGCCACCUGGCUCUCCUUCACCAGCGCCAUCUGCCACCCCCUCAUCUAUGGACUCUGGAACAAGACGGUGCGCAAGGAGCUACUGGGCAUGUGCUUUGGGGACCGAUAUUACCGGGAGCCAUUUGUGCAGCGACAGAGGACAUCCAGGCUCUUCAGCAUCUCCAACAGGAUCACAGACCUGGGCCUGUCCCCACACCUCACGGCGCUCAUGGCAGGUGGACAGCCCCUGGGACACAGCAGCAGCACCGGGGACACUGGCUUCAGCUGCUCCCAGGACUCAGGCACGGAUGUGAUGCUGCUUGAAGACUACAUAUCCGAUGAGAACCCCCCCUCACACUGUACUUGCCCGCCCAAGAGAAGGAGCUCGGUGACAUUUGAGGAUGAAGUGGAGCAAAUUAAAGAAGCUGCCAAGAACUCUAUUCUUCAUGUGAAAGCUGAAGUGCACAAAUCUUUGGACAGUUAUGCAGCCAGCUUGGCCAAAGCCAUUGAGGCUGAGGCCAAAAUCAACUUAUUUGGGGAAGAGGCUUUGCCAGGGGUCUUGUUUGCAGCACGGACUGUUCCGGGGGUUGGCUUUGGGGGCCGCCGAGGCAGCAGAACUCUCGCAAGUCAGAGGCUCCAGCUGCAGAGCAUUGAAGAAGGGAACGUUUUAGCUGCAGAACAGAGGUGAGGGCCUCAAGGGGGCCUGGGGCCAGAGCUGGAGAUGCUGUCCUGUGGAGGAAUUUCCAUCAUCGACUGUGUCGGUGCCCCGUGAGCAUGUCAGUGUGUACAGUGGGAGGAACAUCUGGUGUGCAGCCACCCAAAGAAAAGGGUGAAAACAAUGUGUACAACCAGCAACUUCAUGUCUGCUGUAAAACCAUCCACGGGCAGCUUCUAGGUCUUGGUGAUAGGACCAGAGGCACCUAAAGCACAAAGAAAAGCAAUUGGAGGUGUGUGUGGCCUUGACUUUUUGGGAACUGUGGCAUAGAGGGGGCACUAGAGACCCUGGGCUUGGAAGGAAACCACCAUAUGGAUUACUUCAUCUUCACAACCCGUCUCCUGGGAUUCCAACCACGUACCGUCCCAGAGGCUCUCGGGAGAAAUCCCUUCCCAGUGCAUGUUGGAGGAUGGCACUUCUUAACAAAGCAAGAUCAUCCCCUGGGUUUCUGCAUGGUUGAUGCAGGCAGUUGGAGGCCAUCAGUUCUAGACUAAGUGGGCUCCAGAGAGAGAAGCCAGGAGCAGAGCCCCCCAGAUCACGUUCCUGCACCUCGUGUCCUGGUUGCAACCUCACUUUCAGUGCAGUCACUUGCUGGUGAUUGUAGGGGCAGCCUACAGGCCCCUGGGCAGAGGCCACAGGCUGGGGCUGCCGUUGCUGACCCAGCGCCUAGCCUGCCCACCUCCCUAUUGACAGAUAACUUUGGAAUUUCAAAAGAAGGGAGAAACCACUAUAAAAGACAGGAGGAAGGGGCAGGUACCAAGUGUUUCAUUUUCAGAAUUGGAAAAAAAAAACCAUUUGGUUAGG